AUGCGAAGGACAACUCCUACGCGAAUUUCACCACCAUUCGUUGGGGUAGCUUCAAGCACACCAGAGAUCCCAGAAGUGUUUGAGGUGUGCCAGUUUCUGCCGGAGAUCCAGGCUGUUGUUUGUGACAUGUGUGUGGAUGACAAAAACCCAGCGUUGAAGACCUGCAUGAAAUGUGAGAUGUCCAUGUGUGCCGAGCACUUGGAGCCGCACCUGACAGUGCCAUUGCUGCUGCAGACACAUUCCCUGACUGAACCCAUAGCACCGGGGGCUGGGGGAAUUGGGGCAACCACCAAAUGCCCCCACCACGGUAAGAUUCUUGAGUACUACUGCUUGGACGACCUAACUAGUGCGUGUAUGUCCUGCGCCAUCGAAGACCAGCAUCGCGUCCACAAUAUGAAGACCCUGCCUAAGGCACACAAAGAGCUGGGAGAGAAGCUGAAGGAAAAGCAGAAGUCUUUGGCCCAGAGAGAGAGACAGAGCCUGGAGCUAGUCAGGUGGGAUAAGGAGCAGAGGGAGAGGUUGGCUAGCUCCAGUGUCCGGCUCAUUGAGGGAGUGUCCGCCCUGCGCGACAUCACCCUGACCAGCGUCCAGAGUUCCGUCUCAGCUCGCAUAAUGUCCAUCAAUACCUCCAAGAGGACCAUGCAGGCUGCCCUGUCUGAUGGGGACUCCUUCCACUUCCUCCAGGGCUAUGAAGGGGUGCACCAGGCUGUGGAGAAGGCCUGUGCUGUGGAUCUGAGGAAGGGGCUGGAGCCUGGGGCCGACCGGGACAAGCUGGUCCAGGAGCUACAGCAGAGCGGAGGAAAGCUUGUGGAGCAGACAACCCAGCUGUGGAGUUCUCUUCUGGCUCUGGUCGACCCCGAGAACCACCAGGAAAAACAGGGUUCCCCAGGGUUACCUCCCACCACCACAUUGACCUUUGACCCCACGAGCUUGGGAAGGGGCAUGUCUCUUUCCCAGGACCACAGGAAAGUGUUCUACACCCCGCUUGCCAAACUCACCACCCAUACUCUUCUGUGCCAGGAUAGCGGCUCUGAUGCCAACCCUAGGUGGGUGGUCAAACUAUCUGAGGACUGUGAUUGGACCGUUGGCUUACGUGUCAACGUUUCAUCUGCUGAGACAGUCGAUGAUAUUGACUACGUUUCAUCUGCUGGGAAUGUCAAUGUUUUUGCACUGCGCUGGCAGAUGGACCAACUGAGUUCACUGGCAGACUUAAAUUCUCAGUGUAUCUAUCUUCCUGGGAACACUGCAGCUCAACCUGAAGCAAUACCCCGUCCCAUAGAAUUAGAAGUGUUCUGGGACAAAACCUCUAACCCACCAUCCCUGUCCUUCUACAGCAGGGGCAGAUAUCACCAGAGGAUGGCACUGCACAGAAUGGAGAUCCGGCAUUAUCAGGCUGACCUAACUCCCUUUGUCACCCUGGAAACAGGAAGUAGCCCAGCCAGAGCCAGACAGAAGGAAGAGUACAGUCAUUCCAGACCCCUAAAGUUUGGAGGUUACGAUUGGUCCAGAACCAGUAGUUAUGGAGUGAACUUUCAGUCAAAACGCAAUGGAGAGUACGGUCUCUAUGGAGUGAACAGUCAGUCCAGAGCCAAACACUGUGUAGGUUACAAACGGUCCAUAACCAGAAGUUAUGGAGUGAACGGUCAGCCAGAGCAGCAGUGGGGGUGCCCAUGUGGAGAGGUCCAUGAAGAAGUCAAGACUCAGCAGCAGCAGUCUUUCUACCCCCUGCAUGUGUCUCACCAGGGUUCCAUGUGCACAUGUGGGAGGGUUAUCGGUACGCCGUAUAUGGGGGUGUUCUGUGAGCUGGUAUAAUGUCCACACUCUUAGAAAAAAAAGUUGCUAUUUAGAACCUUAAAGGGUUCUUUGUCUGUCCCCAUAGGAGAACCCUUUGAAGAACCCUUUUUGGUUGUAGGUAGAACACGUUUGGGUUCCAUGUAGAAGUUUGGAUCCUGGGUAGUGUUAACAAAUAAUUGUGAGCAAGUUUUUCUUGUUUUUUCCCUGUGAGGGGCUCAGAUCACAGACAGGUGUGUGUACAUAAAGACAUUAAAAAAAUACAUAAACAAAGAAUCGAAAGACAGUAGAACAUAAGAACAAGGACACAAGCCAAAACACCAAAUUACAACAAAAUGGUUGGUUAAUUAGUUCAAAUUAAUUAAUUAAGGAGUCUGUAAUUGUCCUAUAAUAUAAAUAAUAAUAUGCCACUUAGCAGAUGCUUUUAUCCAAAGCGACUUACAGUCAUGCAUGCAUACAUUUUUGUGGGUGGGUGGUCCCGGGGAUCGAACCCACUACCCUGGCGUUACAAGCGCCGUGCUCUACCAGCUGAGCUACAGGUCCUGUCUUCCCCCUUGUCCUUCCAGUUAUAAAAAAAUUUCUAGCUUACAAAAUUUGAAUACAUUGUCAUUCAUGAAAUUACAUGAGAUAGUACACAAACAGAGUACAAUUGAUAUAUUAUUGUACAAUAAAUCAUGUAAAUAGUCAAUUGAUUGAAUGCUGAUGUUUCUCUUCAGAUAUUUAGAAAUUGGUCAUAUACAAACAGGGCUGAGCAGCAGGACCCGAGUGGCACAGCCUUCUAAUGCACUGCAUCUCAGUGCUGGAGGCGUCGCUACAGACCCUGGUUUGAUCCCGGGCUGUAUCACAUCCGGCCGUUAUCGGGAAUCCCAUAUGGCGGCCUACCUCGGCCAAACCCUCCCUUAACCCGGAUGAAGCUGUGCCCAAUUGGCCCAGCGUUGUCCGGGUUGAGGGAGGAUUUGGCCGAGGUAGGCCGUUAUUGUAAAUAAGAAUUUGUUCUUAACUGACUUGCCUAGUUAAAUUUUAAAAAAGGCAUGUUCUGAUUUUCAUAACAAUUUGACAUUUUAACAAGCAGUACAAUUAAUAUCUGUACUGUAUUUUGUAUAAAUGUGUGGAUCUUUAAUUGUCAUGUUGAGAUUCAAUGUUAAAAUGAAAAAUAAACAAUGAACUCUAAAACAUAAAUCAUAUGGAAUCCUCUUUAUUGGUCAGAAGUGACAAGACUGAAAAAAAAGUGUCUUAAGACCUGCAUAACACGUUUGACAAAAACCAGAGAUAUAAAAUGGAAUUAUCCUCCAAAACACUGUGACGUAAAGUAAAUAUACCGUCAUAGUGAAAACUAGUCAGUUACAAGUACAUAAUAAUGCAUAGACAGAGACAACAUUCUCGCAAAGUAACUAAAUACACAGUUGUGGUGGAAAUUCAACACCAGGGACACCUGAAGUCAAUAUUAAAUGAAUCACUCUUUAUUAUCAGUUAACUGGAGAGGUUACAACAAACACGUACAAAGUACAAGUCUGCUACAAGCUCCGCCAGGGCGCUCCCUUCAGUUCUCUUAUAACAUACUGCUACACAAAAAAGCUACAUAGGCAUGAUUCAUAGGGUUGGUUCCUGCAGGUGACUGGCUGUUAUUGCGCGGGCUCAGUUUCCCAAGAAGCCUAUCUUAACUUCCAGAUCAUAUUCUGGGUGUUCUGCCAAUUGGUCUGAGGAGGAGUCACAGUCAACUGCACAAACCAAGAUAGAGUGAGAGAAGAGGCAUAAUCCCUUACACAGUCAAGUACAAUAAUGUGAAAUGAUGAUUUCAUGGACAUUUUAUAUAGUCUCUAAGCCAUUGAGAAAAGUGUGAAAUCAACAGUAAGUCAAGGUAACACUCAAAGCUGUCCUGUCUCCCUCACCUCUUUAGCCUACUUUAAGUUUCCCCUCAACAAUUUGACUGACUGAGUUUCUACUGUAGCUGUACAGUACAUGAAACAGCUGUUUGUCAGUAGUUUCACUCUGUAUCUAUUCCAUCCUAGCUUUAAUAUUUGGUCUGCAUGAGAAACUAAGUAGCUAUGGGGAAAAAAUACUGGAAUACUAUAUCAUCUAAAACUUUUGCAAAUCAUUAAAGUGUAAUAUAUAUUUAUUUAAGUGAGUUUGAAAAGGAUUAAGUUGUCACGUUCGUUGAUGAACGGGUCAGACCAAGGCGCAGCGUGAUAUGCAUACAUGUUUAUUUGAAACGAAUAAACAACGACAAAAACAACAAACUAACGACACGUGAAGUCCAAGGAACACAAACAACAUACCUCACACGGAACAAGAUCCCACAACCCACUAGUGCCAAUAGGCUGCCUAAGUAUGGUCCCCAAUCAGAGACAAUGAGCUACAGCUGCCUCUGAUUGGGAACCACACCGGCCAACAUAGAUCUACACAUAAUAGAUCAACACAUAGAAAAUCCGACAUAACAAAGAAUAUACACACCCUGACUCAACAUAUACGAGUCCCCUGAGUCAGGGCGUGACAUAAGUUAAAUAACCAGAAUUAUCUUAACAUUAAAAUCUGCAAUAAUGUUCAUAAUUAAUAUUUUCAUCUCUUGAAUCUAUCUAAAAUAAUACAAACUGAUGGUUUCAAUUUGGGAUAAACUUGACCUGUAAUCUUGAGAUAGUUAAUACUUCAUACAGUGAAAUACAGUAUAUUUAUUUAUUGCAUAUGGCUUUCAAAUAGCAUGGCGGUGAUGUGCAUAGAAGUGUUAGGAAAAGAUGGGAUUGAGAGGUAGAGAGAGAAAGAGAGAGAGAGUGAGAGAGAGUGCUUCAGUGAAAUGCUAGGACUUGGUGGAUAAUAAUGGACUGAGAGAAGAACCCUGUACUCAAGGCCUGCAGAGCUGAAUGGGAAUGAUUUAGCAAGAUGACACAAAAGUACGUCCUGAAGUGCCACAACAAUCCUCGGUUCACUUAUUAACAGAGAAAUGUCAAUUUCUGGUCAUUUACAGAAAGAAAGUCAACAUUUUCAAAAAUAUCAAAACGUAAAUAAGACUCUUAGAUAAGGGAUUGUUUGAAAGUGUCAUGUAAAAAAGGUUUUGAUUUGUGCAACCAAACACUCAUCCUAGGUUUAUGUUUCUCAAAUGACAAAUUCUUACUAUCAAUGGUUACAGUAUUGUGUGUGUGUGUGUGUUUGUGUGCGUGUGUGUUUGUGUGCGUGUCUGUGUGCAGCAUGUGUAAUAGCAUCCAUGUGACAGGGACGUGUUUGGCUCCUUGAACGUGAAGGGCACCUUCUCAGGCCGGUACUCCGUCAGCGCUGACUUCAAAUGUCUGGGGCCCAAAAAAGUCCUCAGGUAAGUGGAGAGGAAGGGGAUGGGAGGACGUCUCCAGCCUGGUGGGAUGUAUCUGCAACAAUGGGAAGUCUAUCUCUCUCUCUCAAAGAGAAGGCAGAGAGAUGAGAGGAGAGGAGCUUGAGAGAAGAGAGCGGCCGACGAGAGAGGAGAGAGAGAGCGCAAGGAGGGAAAGAGAGAGAGCGGAGAGAGAGAGAGAGCGAGAGAGCGGCGAGAGGAAAAGGAAAGAGAGAGAGCGAGAACAAAGGAAAAGAGAGAGAGAGAGGAGAGAGCGAGGAGAGAGAGAGAGAGAGCGAGAGAGAUAGAGAGAGAGAGAGCGAGGAGAGAGAGAGGAGAGAGAGAGCCAAAGUGCCAAUCUCGCUAUCUCUCUCUCCCACUUCCCAUCUCUCUCUCUCUCUCCCACUUCCCAUCUCUCUCUCUCUCUCUCUCUCUCUCUCUCUCUCUCUCUCUCUCUCUCUCUCUCUCUCCUCCUUCUCUCUCUCUCUCUCUCCCUCUCGCGCAGAAGGACCCUCCGGCAUGGCAUCCACCCUCCUCCAGGUGGCAGGUCACACGUUGAUCUGAUCAAGCGGAUCAUAGAGGUGGAGACAGGUGAAUGUUCGCUCCUGUUACUCCCAUCAUCCUCCUUACUGAGGCGAGGCACCUCCAAUACCUUCUCCUUCACCUCUUUCUCCUUUUUGUCUUUCUCCUUCUCCUGUGUCUGGUUUGGUCCGCAAAUCUUGCUGCGUGCCUCGCAGAUCUCCUCUGCGUCCCAGCUGAUCCCGUAGCGCAGCUGUUGGACCAUGAACCACAGCCUGACCUAAAAUAAGGACAAGAAAAUAUUAUAUUGGUUGUUUUCACCUAAAUUUGCUUUGUGUUAUUAAAGCUUGUCAAUUAAACUAAUUACAGGACAUCAAAUACAACCAACAACAUACAGAAUAUAUAGAGGAGUGGUUGCCCUGACUACUGAACCCUAAUGGCUGCUGACCCCUAAUGGCUACUGACCCCUAAUUGCUGCUGACCCCUAAUGGCUGCUGACCCCUAAUGGCUGCUGACCCCUAAUGGCUGCUGACCCCUAAUGUCUACUGACCCCUAAUGGCUAUUGACCCCUAAUGGCUGCUGACCCCUAAUGGCUGCUGACCCCUAAUGGCUACUGACCCCUAAUGGUUGCUGACCCUUAAUGGCUGCUGACCCCUAAUGGCUGCUGGAAGGAGCUCCUAUUGGAAAGAUGCUGACCAAGGACAACGCGUUGGUAGUUUGCCCACGCUAUCUCGAAGUCAACUAGGAGUGACGCAGUGGUCCCGCAACCUCCCGAGUGGCGCAGUGGUCUAAGGCACUGCAUCGCAGUGCUAGCUGUGCCACUAGAGAUCCUGGUUCGAAUCCAGGCUCUGUCGUAGCCGGCCGCGACCGGGAGACCCAUGGGGCGGCGCACAAUUGGGUAGGGGAGGGAAUGGCCGGCAGGGAUGUAGCUCAGUUGGUAGAGCAUGGCGUUUGCAACGCCAGGGUUGUGGGUUCGAUUCCCUUGGGGGGCCAGUAUGAAAAAAAUAAUGUAUGCACUCACUAACUGUAAGUCGCUCUGGAUAAGAGCGUCUGCUAAAUGACUAAAAUGUAAAUGUAAAUGAAUGCCCCCCUCGCUAGAGCUAACUCAGUCUUCUUCUCUGUGAGCUUAGCUGCAACAGUUGGAUCCAGAUGCUUGUCCAUCGCUCUGCUGCUUGCUUUCUUUUGGUCAUCACCGCACUUCUAUUAUAAUAAUAAUGAUGAAUAUAGAAUUUAAUAUAGUCUACCGCUGGAUGUACAGUAAACAACAAAGGUGUUAUUAGGGGUUCAGCUGCAAAGCUGGUGAAAGCCUAUUGUAUUUGUUCUGGUUCAUUGUUAUUAUUAUACUGGUUCUGCCAAUUUGCUGAAAAAAAGCAAAUUCCUGUGAGAUAAUAAGGCCUAGGAGGAUGCAAACGUUUAUGAUGGUAAAGGGCCAUGGGCCACACCCUCUCAUACAAUGCCAUGCCAAUUGGCCACAUGGUGGCGCUAUAACUAUAAUUGAAAAUGCAAACUUGAAAGCUCACGCCCCUCACCUCGUUUGAGCUACAGUUCUGAAAUUCGGUAUAUAGAUAUAUAUGGCAAGGAAAAAUUGGGCCUCAAGGAACCAUAAAGUUCGCAAUGAUGGAUUUUUCUCAAUUUUGAAUUUUUUAAAAACACUUUAAACACUACUCCUCUGGAACCGAAUGACCGAUCUGCACAAAACUUCAUAUGUGGCAUCUUUGGACCAAGGUCUCACAAAGCAAUAUUUUCCAGGCUUGUACCAAAAACAACAUGGCCCCUAUUGACCAAUUAACAUUCACGUGGUCUUGCACAUAAAUCCCUAUAAAUCAGUCACAAAUAUUUGUAUUGUAACAAUACUUGGUACACAUGUUGCAAACACUGUCAAGACUCAACAUAUUCAAGCACCUUCAUAUCGACCACACUGUGGCGCUAUAACGGGCACAUUGGUAUAUCUCUUGAUCUGUUUGACUCAGACUGAUGAAAUUUGGCACACAUGUUCAGGGAUAUGAGUCUAGAUAGCCUGUAAAGUAUGGUUAAGUUUGGCCACAUUGUGGCGCUGUUGGACAGGAAAAAAACAUUAAUGCAAGCUCACUGCUUAUAGCAGCCGUAUUGUUUAGCUAGAGUCUUGGAAAAUAUGUGCAUUCAUAUACCACAUUUGGUGCCGAUCAGUCCAGCGGUUCAGGAGAAGAAGACAUUUAAAGUAGUCAACAUCAUUGAAAAUGGUCCAAAAUACAUCUAAAGCAUAUUACCUGCAUAUUGCAUGAUCCAUUUUAUUUUGAGUUCUGAUAUUUGGCAAGUGUGGUAAACAGUACAGAAGUAAUUCGUCCUAGGGCAAUGUGUCAAAUUGUUCCUGAUGGUGGCACAGUGGUCCCAUAGCUGAACCCCGUUAUUGCUGCUUGCAGCUAUAUUUCCAUGUGUUGCUGUUGUCCAGUGCUUGACUUGUACUGAAAUAGGUGCUGGUACUCAUUUUGGGUGCCUGUACUGUUUAUAUUUAGGUGCAAGAACUCCACAAUACUUUUAGCCAAUAUUUUAUAAGAAGUGCAGGAUCUUACGCAGUAGAAAAUGUGAGGUGCUGGUACUCAGUACCAGUGAGCUCCUGCCCAAUUCAGGCACUGUUGCGAAUGUGCAUUGGGUGGACCUGGGAGCCAUGGGUGGGCCUGGGAGGGUAUAGGCCCACCCACUUGGGAGCCAGCCAAUCAGAAUGAGUUUUACCCCACAAUUCUCUAAAACAAAUGUCAACGCGUGCUGUAGGUGGGUGUAGUGGUGGAAUCAAACGCAGAACACCGAAGGAUAGUCCAAACAACUUUAGUAACUCUCCAAACCGGAAAAAUGACAACACUUGCCCGAAGGCCAAAAAUACGCACAAAGGCGAAAUAGCAACAAGCGCACUAACAGGUGCGUAACGCUCCAACGCAGUGGAGGAAAGCUCAACCGAGCGAAAGGGCGAAAAUAAGCCCUACACACGACAGACAAAAUCCAAUAACACACAACACUAGACAAACACAACGAGAAACUUAUAGGACACUAAUUACGCUAAACGAGAACAGGUGUGACAACAAACAGACAAAAGCAAACGAACAUGAAACAUACAACGGUGGCAGCUAGUAUUCCGGAGACAACGAACGCCGAAGCCUGCCCGAACAAGGGAGAGAGGCAGCCUCGGCCGAAACCGUGACAACAAAGUUGGAGGCGGCUUCGUAGUGGUUUGAAAUGUGGCUUGAAAUAUCCCAUUCCAUAUGCUUUUUGGCUGUUCAGACUGCAGGAAAAAUAACAGAUUCGAAUCGGAUAUGCAGAAAAUCUGUAUUUGAUUCGCUUCAAACUGUGUCUGACUUUCGGUUGCUGCAGAUUCACCUCCCCUGUUAACUUCGGUAGUUGUUUGUAACCGUCUGCAUUAGCCUAACUACUCGAACAGACCCAUUGCCUGUCAUGUACAUAGCAAGGCAGAUUUCUGGGCGACACGACCAAAUUUACAUAGAAAUGUUAAGUAUAGAUCUGUCAUACUCAUUGAAAGUAAGUCUAAGAAGCAUUAGAUCCGUUCUAUGUGCCCUAUUUCUAACAUGUCCAUUAAAUUGUGUUUUUUUAUCUUUUUACUUUCUAAAGUAAAAAUAAUGUAUGCACUCACUAACUGUAAGUCGCUCUGGAUAAGAGCGUCUGCUAAAUGUACAAUGAUUAGCUUGUUUUGUUACAUAAACUGAAAUUAGGCGAACCAUUAUAAUUUUAGCAACCAGGAACUUUUGGUGGACUGACGCAUAUAUUGCACGAGGUGGCCUCAAACCCAAAUCAGACCAGAGACAGAGCGAACAAAAGCAAACGGACCGAAAGGUAAAAAGUUUACAUUAGAAGCAUUAUAGGGGCUACGAGGCUAGAGGUAUUUUAGCAUGCAAAGGUCAAGGACAAAGCAAAGCACCCGAUUCCCACCACCAUUUAUUGGGGCAGCUUCAACCGAACCAGGGCUCACAGAAGACAUGUCUGAGGGGUGCCAAUCUCUGCCGCUGCCUGAGAUCCAGGCCGUUGUUUGUGACUUGUGUACAGAAGACAGGAAGCCAGCACUGAAGACCUGCAUCAAAUGUGAGAUGUCAAUGUGUGCCCAGCACUUGGAGCCGCUCCUGACAGUGCCAUUGCUGCUGCAGACACAUACCCUGACUGAACCCAUAGCACGGGGGGCUGGGGGAGUUGGGUUGGCCACGAAAUGCCCCCACCACGGCAAGACUCUGGAGUACUACUGCUUGGACGACCUAACCAGUGCGUGUCUGUCCUGCGCCAUCGAGGACCAGCAUCACGUCCACAACAUGAAGACCCUGCCUAAGGCACACAAAGAGCUGAGGGAGAAGUUGAAGAAGGAGCAGAAGGCUUUGGCCCAGAGAGAGAACCAGAGCCUGGAGCUAGUCAGGUGGGAUAAGGAGCAGAGGAAGAGGUUGGCUAGUUCCAGUGUCCGGCUCAGUGAGGGAGUGUCCGCCCUGCGCGACAUCACACUGAACAGCGUCCAGAGAUCCGUCUCAGCUCGCGUAAAGUCCAUCAAGACCUCCAAGAGAACCAUGCAGGCUGCCCUGUCCGAGGGAGACUCCUUCCACUUCCUCCAGGGUUAUGAAGGGGUGCACCAGGCUGUGGAGAAGGCCUGUGCUGUGGAUCUGAGGAAGGGGCUGGAACCCGGGGCCGACCGGGACAAGCUUGUCCAGGAGCUACAACAGAGCGGAGGAAAGCUUGUGGAGCAGACAACACAGCUGUGGAGUUCUCUUCUGGCUCUGGUCGACCCCGAGAACCACCAGGAAAAACAGGGUUCCCCAGGGUUACCUCCCACCACCACGUUGACCUUUGACCCCACAAGCUUGGGAAGGGGCAUGUCUCUAUCCCAGGACCACAGGAAAGUGUUCCACACCCCGCUUGCCAAACUCACCACUCAUACUCUUCUGUGCCAGUAUAGCGGCUCUGAUGCCAACCCUAGAUGGGUGGUCAAAUUCUCUGAGGACUGUGAUUAGACCGUUGGCGUAUGUGACAAGGAGGCUGCUAAGGAAUUUCAAUAACGGCUAUGUCUAUGCUCUGCGCUGGCAGAAGGACCAACUGAGCUCUGUUUGCACUCAGUACUAUGACAGUGUUAGGCGUAGGGAUGGGAUGACCUAUACAGAUAAACCUCCAGAGGCACAAGUCGAUUCUCAGUUUAUCUAUCUUCAUGGGCAAAAUGAAGCUCUACCUGAAACAAUACCCCGUCCCAUAGAAUUAGAAGUGUUCUGGGACAAAACCUAA